UUUGGAGUCCUUAAGAAGCUGCUUGGGGUAUUUGGGGGGAUAAGUAUUAAGUCUUGAACUUUCAGGAUUUCUUUUUCACUCAUAGUGCUGCCUUUUGUUUUAAGUCAUCCUUCUUUACUGAUACUAGAAGGGAAGAUUUAAUUCUGAAAAAAAUGUCUGACCAAGCCAUCAGUUUCCUGAAGGAUUUCCUUGCUGGUGGAGUUGCUGCAGCUAUUUCUAAGACAGCAGUGGCCCCCAUUGAAAGGGUCAAAUUAUUGUUGCAGGUCCAGCAUGCCAGCAAACAGAUCACAGCAGACAAGCAGUACAAAGGAAUUAUUGACUGUGUGGUGAGAAUCCCCAAAGAACAGGGCUUCCUUUCAUUCUGGAGGGGUAACCUUGCAAAUGUGAUCCGAUAUUUUCCCACCCAAGCCCUUAACUUUGCCUUCAAAGACAAAUACAAGCAGAUCUUCCUUGGUGGAGUGAACAAGCAUACUCAGUUCUGGCGUUAUUUUGCUGGAAAUCUGGCAUCAGGAGGAGCAGCUGGAGCUACGUCCCUCUGCUUUGUAUACCCACUGGACUUUGCCAGAACCCGGCUGGCAGCUGAUGUGGGAAAAGCUCUCAAUGAGAGAGAGUUUACGGGUCUAGGCAACUGCAUUGUCAAGAUCUGGAAGUCAGAUGGCUUCAGAGGGCUGUACCAGGGGUUCAACGUAUCCGUCCAGGGAAUCAUCAUAUACAGAGCGGCCUACUUUGGAGUCUAUGAUACAGCUAAAGGUAUGAUGCCAGAUCCCAAAAAUGUUCAUAUUGUCGUGAGCUGGAUGAUUGCACAGACAGUGACAGCAGUAGCAGGACUUGUGUCUUAUCCUUUUGAUACAGUCCGACGUCGUAUGAUGAUGCAAUCAGGUCGCAAAGGAGCUGAUAUCAUGUACAAAGGGACAAUCGACUGCUGGAAGAAGAUUGCAAAGGAUGAAGGUGGCAGAGCUUUCUUCAAGGGUGCCUGGUCCAAUGUAAUCAGAGGUGCUGGAGGAGCAUUUGUAUUAGUUCUGUAUGAUGAGAUCAAGAGAUUUGUCUAAAUGCAAAAAUGUACUCUUUUUUUCACAUCUCAUUUAUUUUUAUAAUAUUUUAAACUGGCAUUUAAUGGGCAGCAAUUAUCAGAAGCUAGCACUUGAGGGAUGUCAGAUAUUACAGGCUGGUAUCUGAGCACAUUUCACCUUGAAAAAAAUAACAUAAAUCUUAUUUUAUGCCAUGACCAGUGUGAAGUGCUGUCCUCUGUACCCACUCAUGAAUCAUUCUGUUCGAAAAAUUGGACAAGCAUAUUGUAAAUGUUUUAUAUGUUUUGUCAUGUAAACAAGUAGGUCUUGUAUUUUAACUGCAGUUUAUUGCAUUAUGUAUUUAAGUGACUAAAAGGUUAAAGCCAAAAGGAAUAUAACAUUUUAAAUAAAAAUGCAUUCUGACUAUUUCUCUUAUAAAAUAUCAUCUGACAAAUUUAUGUUUGCUGAUAACAAAUCCCAAACAAGGUUACUAAGAAACUUAUGCUCAGCUCCACUAAUCAGUACAACUGAUCAUGUGUUUAAGGUUUCACCAUUCAUUUCUGACCAUAAAAAUAUAAUUAAAUUAUGUGAUACACACAA